CAUAGAGGAAGCAAAAAUAAAUAAAACCCAUUGAUUCGCUGAGUCACACACUGAGUUAGUGAGUGAAACUGAGGUCUGCAAUGUAUAUGGUACCAUGGAUAUGUAUUUUGUUAGGUGUGGGUGCCAUACAAAUACCAUGAUGAAUUGCCCACUGUAGGAAUAGACCAAAUUGACUGCCCAACCAAUCAAUCUUUGAACUAUUUAGGACUCCCAUCAAAAAUUCCAAAUUUCCAAUCAUUUUCAUUUCCUUAAUAACAGUAAAAUCGUACCCGCUAAUCUUAACUAUCAGAUCUGCAUCUUUAAUACUCCCUCAAUUCCACCACUGACUGUUGUUUACACUGCUACUGCUAUUAAAUUCCAUCCACUAAGAUGAGUGAAGGAGAGAGGUUUCAGUUGGGGACGAUUGGGGCGUUGACUCUCUCAGUGGUUUCAUCAGUGUCCAUUGUGAUUUGCAACAAGGCGUUGAUUAGCACAUUGGGUUUUAGCUUCGCUACAACUUUGACCAGCUGGCAUCUUCUAGUGACCUUUUGUUCCCUUCAUGCGGCUCUAAGAAUGAGAUUGUUUGAACACAAAACUUUUGAUCAAAAAGCUGUUAUGGGAUUUGGCAUUCUAAAUGGGAUCUCAAUUGGACUUUUGAAUCUUAGCCUGGGGUUCAAUUCUGUUGGUUUCUAUCAGAUGACCAAGCUAGCAAUUAUCCCGUGUACUGUACUUUUGGAGACCCUUUUCCUUGCAAAAAGAUUCAGUAGGAGCAUUCAGCUGUCACUUCUUAUCCUCCUCCUUGGUGUUGGGAUUGCGACAGUUACUGACGUUCAACUUAAUGCUUUAGGCAGUACCUUGUCUCUACUUGCAGUUAUCACCACGUGUGUUGCUCAAAUUAUGACCAAUACGAUCCAGAAGAAAUUUAAGGUUUCUUCAACCCAACUUCUAUACCAGUCAUGCCCAUAUCAGUCAGGGACCUUGUUAGUAUCUGGCCCAAUUUUGGAUUGGUUUUUGACAAAUCAAAAUGUGUUUGCUUUUAAAUAUACAACUGAAGUAGUGGUUUUCAUAGCUCUAUCCUGCCUGAUCUCUGUCUCUGUAAAUUUUAGCACAUUUCUUGUUAUCGGAAAGACAUCCCCUGUCACAUAUCAGGUUCUUGGACAUUUGAAAACUUGCCUAGUACUGGCAUUCGGUUAUAUUUUGCUUCAUGACCCGUUCAAUUGGAGGAACAUCUUGGGGAUUGCAAUUGCACUGGUUGGGAUGGUUCUAUAUUCGUACUUUUGCACUCAUGAGAGUCAGAAAAAGGCUACAGAAGGAGCAACACAAUCAUUGCAGGCUAGGGAAGGGGAAUCCGAUCCUCUGGUUACAGUGGAAAAUGGGAGUGGGGUAGUAACUGAUGCUGCUACGCAAAUGGCCCCUGGGUGGAACUCAAACAAAGAUUUGCGUGCAUAAUAGCUUUUCCAGUCAUUAUUUGUUCAGAUGUAGCUCAAAACAGCAGCAUAUAGAACUGUUGGGGAAAAAUUACUAUUAUUGGCAUAUAAGAUUCUUCAUCUCCUCCCUCUCCGGUCUGCGCAGGUGUCGGCCCUCCUUUUCCUGUUAGUAUUUGUUUAGAAUAUUAUAUAGCUCAUAGCUGAUAUGUUACAAAUUAAUUUGAGGGAUGCAUAUAAUUGGUGGUUAUUGUUGCUACAGACAAGAAAAUAUGAUCAGCUUUUGUAACGUCUUUAUGAAAAUUUUAUGAUCUGUUAUACAUGUGGAAAAAUCAAAUUCUCUGGAUUUUGGAAUAACAUGUAAACUUCCUGUUCUUUA